AUGACAGUCCUUCCUGACAGCCUUUUGCCAGGACAAUUAGCCCAGAUCCCGAACAACACGAAUGCCAAAUGGUGGAAGGAUGCUGGACUGCGCCGCUUGUUCAACGUCCUCUGGUACGUCGGCUCCAUCAUCGCCGCCUGGCUCACCUUCGGCACCGGCCACCUCACCAGCACCUGGUCCUGGCGCAUCCCCUCCAUCGUCCAAGGCGUGCCCGCCCUCCUCGUCCUCCUCUCCACCUUCUCCGGCAUGCCCGAAUCCCCGCGCUACCUCAUCUCGCGCAACCGCCCCCACGACGCCCUGCACAUCCUAGCCACCUACCACGCCAACGGCGACCGCGCCGACGCCCUCGUCGCCCACGAGCUCGCGCAAAUCACCGCCGCCCUGGCCGCCGAGCGCGCCGCGAGUAAAACGUUGACGUGGCGCGUAGCGCUCCGCUCGCGCGCGCACCGCGCCCGCUUCGCCCUCUGCCUCGCCGUCGCCGUCCUCACGCUGUGGAACGGGCAGGGCGUCAUAUCGUACUACUUCAGCCCGAUACUGAGCUCCAUCGGCAUCGCGUCGACGGCCGCGCAGACGGGCAUCAACGGCGGCAUGCAGGUGUGGAACCUGGUGUGCAGCGCGGUCGGCGCCGUCGUGCUGGCGGAGCGGCUGGGCCGGCGGCCGCUGUGGCUGCUGUCGUUUGCGGGCAUGAUGGCGGCGAAUGUGCCGCUGACGGUGGCGUCGGCGCGGUAUGCGGCUAAGGGGUCGCAGGGGGCGGCGCGCGCGGUUGUCGUUUUUUUGUUUUUGUAUAAUGCGGCGUUUAAUUUGGCGUGUAAUCCGCUGCUGUAUGCGUAUGUGACGGAGAUUUUGCCGUACGGCGUGCGCACGAAGGGGCUGGCACUGCAGAUUGCGGCGAGCCAGGCGGCGCUGACGGUGAAUAACUACGUCAAUCCGAUUGCGUUGGAGGCGAUUGGGUAUUGGUAUUUUGUGUUUUAUCUCGGCAUGCUGGUGGCUGGGAUGGCGUUUAUCUGGUUGUUCUUUCCGGAGACCAAGGGGAAGUCGUUGGAGGAGUUGGUCGGGCUGUUUGGCGAUGAGAAGGGGAGGGGGCUGCGGGUGGUGAGGAGGGACCCGACGCUUACCGCUGUGCUGGAUGGCGUGGUAAUGCCUGUGGAUGAGGAGGAUGUAGUAGUAGUAACUACGAUUAAGAAGACUGAGAAUAAGAUCUAG